CGCAAUCUCUUAGACUUCGCCCAUGUCUUCCAACGAACAGAACCCGGAAAUCAUUUCAUCUAUGCCAGCAAGCUCUUCAGCAAGGGACCCAAAAAGUUCGGCCGACAGUGGUAGCCGGGAGACUAUCAAAUCUUUCGAGGGAUUUCUUUCGUUUGUUCUCAGCCUCUCCAUCUUCGGCGCCUCAACCUUCGCCAUCAUCGUGUCUGAGAUCGCAAACCCCAAUGAAAUCAGUCCAACUGCGCGCUUCGCCCGCGAGACUGUUCGGAGCUUUCUUGGCAUCGCAUGGUUGCUCUUUAUUGUUGCGCUGGGCAUUGUGGCAGUAUCGAUGAGCUUACUCGCCUACAAGCGCGAACAUCCUACGGCUGGGUUCGAGGGGGUUCGGGAGCAAAGGUGGGAGCGUCUAGGACUUGUCGCCUCGUCUUUGAUUCAGGUCUCAGUCAUUACGGCCUUCUUGUUCCUUUCGCUUGUUUUGGUGGCAUACACUGAAGCUGUCGGAUGGGUUGCUGUUGCAUUGUCCUCAACAGCAGCCGCUUUUGCUAUUGUUUCGCUUGCUGCUCAAUGGCUGUAAGUGCCAAAAACCUUUCUCAGGUGGUGGAGCUGAUUUUGUGAUACAAGUCAAGAACUCAAGGAUAAAGCCCGCGCUUAAACGCUGUCAC